UCUUGCUAGAGCUACCAAAUAAACUUUCUAGUUGGUGCCUUGCUAUCUAAGCUUGCAGCAAUGGGAGUUCCUCUUGUCUCCUUGUUUUACAACUUUUUCCUCUUUCUCGUACUGUCAUCCUCUAACAUAACUGCUCAAACAUCUAGUACAGACACAGACUUUUCGUGCUCGAUAAACUCUUCCUUGUCUUGUGAUACUUAUGUCACAUAUCGUGCUCGUCCACCAAAUUAUUUUGAUGUGGGAAGUAUCUCCGAUCUUCUUGAAGUAAGUCGUUUAAGUAUAGCUAAGGCCACAGGUCUAGUCUCAGAGGAUACCGAGCUAUUCCCUGACCAGCUUUUACUCGUACCUGUUAAGUGCGACUGCAAUGGUUCUCAUUAUUUCUCCAAUGUCACCUAUCAGAUCAAGAAAGGUGAGAGCUUUUAUUCAGCUUCAGUAGGAGCUUUUGAGAACCUUACUGACUAUCAUGUGGUGCAAGAUAUGAAUCCAACACUAGAUCCUACCAACUUGACAGUUGGGGUGGAAGCUGUUUUUCCUUUGCGUUGCAAAUGCCCUGCACAUUCUGAUCUCGAAAAGGGACUUCAGUACCUUGUUACUUAUGUGUGGCAGCCUUGGGAUGAUAUAUUGCCUGUAAGCAAUAUGUUUGGAGCAUCUGCAGCUGACAUUCUGGCCGCAAACAAUAACAGAAAUUUCACUGCUGCAAUAUGUCUUCCUGUCUUGAUACCGGUAAAAUUUCCUAUUAUUCUGCAAUCUUAUCCCUCUCCUACGAGCAGUAGUAAAUCCAAACGUGGAUGGAUCCUCAUUGCUGUUUUAAGUAGUAUGGGGUUUCUUGUAGUUUUCUCAUUGUGCUUGAUGGUAUACAUGCGUCUUUUACAUGAGAAGAGGAGAACAUUAGCCCGUAAUACUUCUACUCUGGAAUCUUCUGAUCUUAUUCAGACCAAGAAAGCCUCCAAAAAUGAAAUUGUGGAGCAUAAGACCAUUCAAGAUAAGCUUCUUCCUGGAGUUUCUGGCUAUAUUGGAAAGCCAAUAAUGUAUGACCUGAAGAUCAUCAUGGAGGCGACGAGGAACUUCAAUGAAAGAUACAGUAUAGGAGGAUCAGUCUACAAGGCCGCGAUCAACGACCAGGUUGUAGCUGUCAAAAGAACUAACCGAGCCUCAGAGGAAUUGAUGAUACUUCAGAAACUAAAUCAUGCAAAUCUGGUGAAACUAAUGGGCGUUUCAUCAGACAAUCACGGGAAUUUCUUUUUGGUUUAUGAAUAUGCUGAAAAUGGCUCACUAGAUAAGAGGUUGUUUCCCGAAUCAUCUGCUUCUGGCUCAGUGGUAAUGCUCGGUUGGAGCCAAAGGUUACAUAUAGCAUUGGAUGUUGCAAAUGCUCUGCAAUACUUGCAUGAACAUAGUCAACCUAGCAUUGUUCAUAAUGAUAUCCGAACGAGUAACAUACUUCUUGAUUCAAGGUUUAAAGCCAAAAUUGCAAGUUUCUCUACAGCCACACAUGCUACCAACUCAAUGAUGUUGAAAGUCGACGUGUUUGCUUUUGGGCUUGUGCUUUUGGAGUUGCUUUCAGGAAAGACAGCAAUGGAGUCAAAAGAUAAUGAUGAGAUUCUGAUGCUGAAAGAAAUUAAGGGAAUCUUAGAAGUUGAAGAUAACAGUGAGGAGAAAUUUAGAAGGUGGAUGGAUCCCAAGCUGAGCUUUUACCCUGUUGACGAUGCUCUAAGCUUGGCUGCCUUGGCGAAGGCGUGCAUAUCCGAGAAAUCAACAGAAAGGCCUAAAAUGACAGAUAUUGUCUUCAACCUCAGUUUUCUUACUCAAUCAUCUUUUGAAAUGUAUGGAAGGUAUUCAACUUCAGGUGAAGCUGAGGCGGCUUUUCAGAUCGUCAGUCCAGUAAUAGCUCGUUGACUUACAGAUGCAGAGUAUAUGUAGCCAAGAAUG